GAGCAGACGCUGGGGGGACACUCGCGCCCGGAGGCGGUACGCACGACCCGGAGGCGUGGGGAUGGGGGGGGGCCGCGCCGCCGCCGCCGUGCCGCCUUCUCCCGCUUUGACCUCCCCCAGCUGCUUCUCCUCAAAUCAACCUGUGAGCUUGCGAGGCGGCGGGGGUGGGAGUGCUCUCGGGCGGCGUGUGCGAGCGCGCGCGGCGCGAGAUCUCUUUCGAUAUCAAGCACUGCCUUUGAUGCCUUUGCAAGAACCGCCAGCGGCGGUGGUCGAACCGGUUCGCGGUUCGAGCCGGGACCUUUUGGCUCCCGGUUCGGAACUCGCUUGGAGGGUUGCUUCGCUCUCGCGGCGGGCGCGUGGGUGCGUGUGCGCGUGCGCUGCUGCAAGGCGAGGGGCGGCGCGGGGCGGCGCGGCGCGGCGAGGCGGGCGGCGGCGGCGCGCGGUCGUUCCUUUUGCCCGGGUGAGGCGUGGCUUGCGCGCCGCGUGGUGAUGACGCAGCACGCUGAAAAGUCCUUGGUGAGCCACCGCGGUGGCAGCGAGCCAAAGCAAGCC